UUUCAUGCCGGUGAGAAACAUGUUUGGAAUUGUUCCAGCGCGCGUUUUCGAUAUCAGUUGGCGGGUAUUCUUAAGAAAGUCGGUAGUAUUAGAACACUGUGCUAUUGUUCCGCUUUGUUUCUAUUUCUUUUUAAAUAAACGAUAUUUUUCAAAACCGAAAAAAAUGUUGAUUUUAGGUUAUGAUAAUGGGAAUUUAAACAACCCAUCUCGACAGAAAGGCCAAAUACAAGUUAUAUUUGGACCAAUGUUUUCUGGUAAAACAACUGAAUUAAUUCGUCGAUUGAGACGGUAUCAGAUUGCAAAGCAUAAGUGCUUGAUUGUUAAAUAUGCCAAAGACGUAAGAUAUGAUGCUGAUAAUAUAGCAACUCAUGAUAGGCAAUGUCUCUCAGCUGUUUGUGCAACAACUUUAACCGAUCUGAAAAAUACUGCUUCAAAUUACAGUGUCAUUGGAAUUGAUGAAGGGCAGUUUUUUCCAGAUACAGUUUCAUUUGCUGAAGAAAUGGCUAAUAAUGGCAAAAUAGUCAUUGUUGCUGCACUUGAUGGAACAUUUCAAAGAAAGGCCUUUGGUGAUAUUCUACAGUUGGUUCCCUUAGCUGAAAGUGUCAUAAAAUUAACUGCAGUGUGUAUGCUGUGUUUUGAUGAAGCAUCUUUUACUAAAAGAAUAGGCACUGAAACUCAAGUUGAAAUAAUUGGUGGUACUGACAAAUAUAUGGCUGUGUGUCGAAAGUGUUAUAACUUGGAUCCCAAGUCAGCGACACCUCAAAAUUCACCUGAACCUAGUGACCCAGAAGAAAGUGGCGACUCUUCUUCUUAAAGCCAUAAAAAUACAAUUUUUGUGAAGCGAGGUUUUCUUUUUCUUUCAAGUUUUCUGGUCGGAAAAUUAUUUAUAUAUCAUUAGAUUAAUUUGCUGUACAUUUUAAUACUUGAGAACAAUUGUGAUAAAUCAAUUUGCUUGU